UUCUGAGCUAUUGAAAAAAAAAAAAAAAACUAGCCAUGGACCUGCCAGGAUAUUAUUCCGCUGGUUAUUCCCGCAUAGUUCUGUAAACAUUGAAGGGCCACAGUGUGUGCACCCUUGUGAGAAGACGGGCUGGAGACCCUAAGUGUGGCUUGUGCAAGCCACCUCCCUGAUGUUCAGAAACAGCAUCACAGCCAGUCCCCCUUACUGCCCCGCAGAGAGGGAAGAUGAGCGAGUCCAGCUCAAAGUCCAGCCAGCCUCUGGCCUCCAAGCAGGAGAAGGACGGGACUGAGAAGCGAGGCCGGGGCAGGCCGCGCAAGCAGCCUCCGGUGAGUCCUGGGACGGCGCUGGUAGGGAGUCAGAAGGAGCCCAGUGAAGUGCCAACACCGAAGAGACCUCGGGGCCGACCAAAGGGAAGCAAAAAUAAGGGGGCCGCCAAGACGCGGAAAACUACCACAGCUCCAGGGAGGAAACCAAGGGGCAGACCCAAGAAACUGGAGAAGGAGGAAGAGGGGGGCAUCUCCCAGGAGUCCUCGGAGGAGGAGCAGUGACCACGCACAGUGCCGCCUGCUCCUUGGCCAUCAGAGGAGCAGCCUUCCCCUGGGACUGGAAGCCCCGCUUCCAGGCCCCUCCCCACCCCCACUGCACACUACCGCACCAGCUGCAGGCUCUGCGGCACCCACGGGAGCAGGAUUUGGCUCAGUCCCUGUGCCCUCCUCCCCAGCACACCUGCCCUCUCCCGACAAGGCUAACUUCCCACUUAGCCGCAGCCUGUCCUGCGCGCAUCUCCCUUAGAGACACCGCUCUCUAGGCUGUCUUGCAGGUCCCUUCUGCUCUGCUCUUCCUGGCUUUCUUGUAGAGGGUCCUGGGAGCAUUCCCUGGCCUUAAAGGGCCCCAGCCCCACCUCACUUCUGACAAGCCCCACUGGCUGACCUGGCAGCAGUAGGUGCGGUCGGUGCAGGGAUGCUUAGAUCCCAGCAUGCCCCACCAAACUGUCACAGGUGGGUUUCUCAGUCGCUUCUGCUCCACCUUACCUAGACCCUGCACUAGGUUGGCUAAAGCCCCUUGAACUACAGGAAGUAGGACGUGAUGGCCCCACCCACCUUGUUCUCACCUGGGACCCACUGCA